ACUAUUAUUUCUUUCAAUCUUUUCUUUCUCUCUAUAGUGUUUUUGAUUUAUUCGAGCAACAUACAAUAUGGUUUACACAUUGUUGACUCUAGACGAUUUUUCGGGCAUGGAAUUCACGUCCAACAUGAAGUGUAUGGACUAUUUGCUUCUUGUUUCUGAAACCUCCUACUUAAAAUCCAUGUAUCGUGAAGAAGACAACUUAAUUGCCGAGCAAGACAAAGAAUUCCGUAUCAAGAAAGAAGAAAAGAUCACACAGAAUAUUCGGUCCAUCUUAUCAUCAUUCCCACAUGUUCUUGAUCAAGAUAAAUCAGUUCUUGGUCUUGUUGUCCCAAAGGGGAGACGAUCAAUGCCAAAGAAACGUCGUCGAAGAGUAGUUACUGAACGAUUCUUGUGCGAUGGGGGUGAUGAAUCAAUGAUCAAGAAAGCUGUGGAAAAUAAAUAUGAAGAUUACGAAGAAGCAAAACCAAUCAAACUCGAUUGGUCUGUUAUUGCUGCCAAGUUUGUAAGACCAAUUGGUGUCACUGUCAACAAUCAAGAAUUACUCGAAAGCAGAGUAAAGGCGGCUGAUAAUAGGGAAAACAGAGGAAUCAAAAACAAUUACAGGGGAAGUACUAAUUUUGGAAAAAGAUCACUAGAGGUAGCCAAUGGUGAUUUCAGCAAUCAAGAGGCUGCAAGGCAAAAGAAGAGGAACAUUAUUGCUAGAGUUGUACCCGUGGCGCCUCCUGUUGUAAUGAUCAACAGAGAAUUGAGUAUCGAAUUCAAGAAUCUGAUUACAUUCAAUGGGGGUUUACUUGAAUCAGCUAAAUUGGUUAUUGAAAAAAGACUAUUCGAGACGGAUGUUAAACCAGCAGAAGGAAGAUUUUCAAUCCCACAAAACCAGAUGAGUAAUAAUUUUCUAAAGCCUGAUGAAGAAGAACUUUUGAAUAGACGCAAUGAGGCUAAUAAAAUGUGUGAGAUGAAUGUGAUGUUGAUUGAACCUUCGCAUCGAGUAGGUGAAAUCAAUCUGAGAAAAUGGACUAUGAAUAAAAAUAAUGGGAAAGCAAGUUCAAGUUAUGUGUUGGUUAAACACUGGAAUGAUGUGACAAGAAGGAAUCGUUUGAAAAGUGGUAUGAAGAUGCAGUUGUGGGCAUUCCGAAAGGAUGAAGAAUUGUGUUUUGCCUUGGUUAAUGUUUAAGAUUUCAA